GCUGUAUGGGUAAAAUAGUCGCUGGCUGUGCUGCUGUUUCGAAAACGAAGGAAAAGAGAAGAGAAUCACUUGUGGACUUGUGCAUAAAGUACAAUAUUAAGUGUAUUUUCUUUUUAACUUUUCCACAUUAAAAUGCCCCAUUUUCAUUAGUUUUUCGAGUGUAUUUCCCAGUGCUAAGUGCCCCAAACAUAUUUCAUGUGUCUUUUCGAUGGAAAUCAUCCGGAUUUUGUGGAAAAUUGAGGAAAAAAUAAACCCCUUUUGACAGACGGGAAAUGGUAGCGGAGAGUGCUUUUUACGGGCGACGACGCAGUGAAUAGGUGGCGUUGUUGACGCAGGAUUUGAAGGAAUCAGGAUAAGUGGUGAAGCGGAAGGAAACUAAAGAAGCCUUUAAUGGGAAUUAUUUGGACUUGAAAUAAUUAUUAUUGAACUGAUGAGAGAAAUAGGGCAGAAUGGCGACACGCGAGAGAAAAGCCAAAAUGAAUGCAGAGUCCCCCACACCGAGUGCCGGGAGUGAGUCAACGCCGACGACUCCAACGACAAAUGCUACGGGGGUUGGUGGAAAGGGUGGGCGUAAGAGUGCGAGUGGAGCGUCUGUGGCCACAACGGGGAGGAUGAGGUCGACACGCGGCGCAAGUGCGCAACAAGUGGCUGAAGAAGGGGAGCCCGAAAAGGACAAGGUGGAAGAGAGUGCGGAAGGGACGAAUGAGGCGGAAACGAAGGUGAAAACACCACGAACGCCACGCGUAAGUAGGGCAACGAUGGUGGCACAGAAAGCGGCUGAAGCAAAGGCGGCGGAAACGAAAGCUGCUGAAAUGAAAGCUGCAGAGGCAAAAGCAGCUGAAACGAAAGGAGCCACAGAUGUAAAGGAGACUGAGGUAAUGCCCGAGGAGGAGAGUAAGGAGGAGGCAGGUGGGAAAGAUGAUGAAAAUGACGAGCAGGCUAAGAGUGAAACAGCCGCAGAGGAGCCACUAAAAAAUGCAUCAUCUAGUCCAGCAACUGUGAAAAAGACCCGAAGCCCCACAUCUGGAAGAGGUGGAAGGGGUAGAAAGCGUACACGUGGGAUUAUGAAGAGGAAGACAUUGCCGGCAACAACGGCUCGUCCGGGAGGACGUAUGGUGACACGACGCAACAGUAUUGCAAAGAUUGAAGCCAUUACAAAGGCACUCAAGGAAGAUACAACACCCAUAAGGAAGUCCACGAGGACGCGACGUAAGACCAAGAUUGCCAAUGAGGAGCCAGUUAAGCGGAAGCGUAGGCGAUUGAUGUCGGAGCACGAUAAGAUUGAGGAGCCACCGAAGGAAGAUUCCGAAAUGAAGCAACCGGAGAAGGUGCAGAAGAAUGAGGUUGUUUCGGAUUCAGAACUAAUUAGACGACGUUCUGAUUCAGUCUCAAAGUACUCAGACACAACGGAUAACUCAAGUUUCUACGAUGCAGGUGCUGUUAAGGGUAGUAUCGAGGAAUGGGGUCGCGACAGCAAUGCUACGCCCAAAGGUGAAACUGAGAGUGAAGAGAUUAAAGUGGAGAAUACGGCUGAAUUGGAGGAGGAUACAGCUAUGGAGGCAAAACUCACAACAGAGGAUCCCGUAGCUGUUCCAACGCGUAAGCCAAAGCGAACAAGUCUCGUGCGACGAAGUGGACGUGCACGGAGGAGUACGCAGAAAGAGAAGAAGGAGGUUGAAGCGACAGCUACAAAAGUGGCCAAAGUGGCUGAAAAUAAGACUGAUGGACAAGACUCUGUGAUGAAUUCCGUCGAGGACACAGACGUGGACAGUGCAAAAGGUGCUCUACUGCAUGUGGAGACAUUGGCAAAGGAGCCGAGUGCAGAGAAGGAGAAUGCAAAAGACGGUGAAGAAGUUGAUGAGAAGAAGGGAGAAGUCUCUUCUCUGAGUCCUGAACUUGUGAGUGAAGGUGUUUCCCCGAUAAGCGUGCAACAAUUCUAUGGACAACCAGCGUUCCUUGAGAACAAUUUGGGCAUUGAAGAGGAUCCCAAACUUCGUGAAAUUGUUCAGGUGAAAGAGAAGAUUAAGAAGGUUGAAGAUGGUGAGGUUGCAGAGGAAGAGGAAGAGAUUAAGGUGGAAAAAGAGGAAGAGGCAGAAAAGGAAAAAGAGGAGGAUCCAAAGGAGGAUGUUGAAAUGAAAGAAAUUGUUAAUGGAACCAAUGAGAGUGAAGGUGAAGUUGCUGUGAAAACAGACGAGAGCAAUGCUGAGCAAGAAAGUACCGAAGAAGCAACUGAGGAGAAAGAUAAGAAACCCGCGGAAGAGGAAUCUGUGGUUAAGAAUGAAGAAAUAGUGAAAAAGGGAGAUGAAGAAGUUAGCAUUGCUGCUGUCCCUGAGAAUACUGACUCAAAUGAAGCGAUUGAGGAUCAAAAUGAAGUGAAUGACAAGGAGAAUGUUGCAUCAAAUGGGGAGAAUGUUCAAUCCCCGGAGAAAUGUGAGGAAAUGCUUAAUUCAGUUGGUUCCCCUAAAUCCCCACCAGUUCCUGAAUCUCCGGAGACGCGUCUAAAGAAGGAGAGUCACCUGAAAUCACUCGGAUUGCUCACACACGAAGCUGCUGUUGAGGCAAAAAUUGAAAAAGCUCGUCGUCGUGAGUUCUUCAAGAGUGCCGCGAAUAAUUCGUCAUUCUCGUCUGCCUCAUCAACAUCAUCGGGCUCCUCCGUUUCCUCACAGACGUCCAAUGGCACGAAAAAUGGCAAACCCGGUCGACCACCGAGUAGUGGUCAGGAAUAUACAGGUACCCUGAAGACUGUGAUAAAACUGCAUCGGCCACAGACGCAGGAGAAGCGCAAGACCAGGAUGCCACUGAAGAUGACAUUCCAAAAGGGAAGAGUUAAAUCAGCAACCAGUGUCAAUGACAAAGAUCAAGUUAAUAUGUCCAAUUCGGAUGAGGAUACCUACUACACGAUUCAGAAUGAGGCUGACGGAUUGGGUGCUGAUACAGUUCAUGGUGGGAUAAGUCGCAAAACUCAUUACCGCUCUCAUACUGGUGAUUCAGCUGCAAAUGUUACUGCCUCAGCGGAACCAUCCAAGGAGGUGCAGAAAGCUCUGGUUAUUCCGGAGAAAGCAUCCUCCUUCAGUAUCCAUCCAGGACGAUUGUGUCAGGAUCAGUGUUUCUACUGCGGUGGGAAGUUUGGGCUCUUCGAUACUCCUUGUCAUGUUGCACAAAUUAAAUCUUCCGAGAGGCAGAAGAAGAUCCUUGAAAACGAAGAGAAAUUGACCAUCGACAACUGCCUAUGCGAUGCAUGCUAUCGCCAUGUAGAUCGUCGAGCCAAUUGUCCGUCGUACCGUAGUAAGAGGCAAUCCGCGAACUUUAUGACUGAAAAGCAGGAAAGGGUGGCAGAUGCAAUUCAGCACGAUCCCGAGGAAUCCAGACCAACAACACUGUGCCUGGUGACUGGAUGUACGGACCCAUCGUCGCAUUUGUUGCGUCGAAAGUGGUACACAAAGAUGCGGAAGCAGAUUAAUACGUACAUACGGCUCAAUGUGGAUGUUUCAAAUGCUCAUGGAUUGGGUCAAGUGCCAAUUUGUCAGACACACUACGAUGUUAUUGCUCACCUAAUGGUGUGUAUCCUUUGCAAGAGGAAACUACCACGAAAUCACAUUUACUACAUUAAUCAGGAAGUUAAACGGUUGGAUCACUUGAUAAGGAAACAAGGGAUUCCUGUACAAUUGGGAACAAAUGCCGUGGUGUGUAAACUCUGUCGCUACUACACGAAUCUCCUGCUGAAGCCACCAGAGAGGAAAACUCAGAGGGCACAAUUUGUACGGAGCUACCGCCGACGUUUGUUGUCCUUCCACAAUGUUGAUUUACUCGAUGCCUCGGAUGACAAAGAUGAACCGAGGGGGCGGCAGAAGAAUAGAAGUGGCGGAAAGUCGGCGGAUGAAGAGCAGGAUGUUGAUCAGGAGAUGUCUGAUCACAAUGAUUCGUCACAAAAUACCUCAGGUGGUCAAAUACUCCUCGACAACGACGUCAUGGUGGACUAUGAUGUCCCAAUGUUGGACAAUAGUGCGUAUACCGGGCAGAAGGGGAAGCAGCAGAAAAUGCAGAGUUUGCUCCUGCCACGAAAUCAGCAAAUGCGCGAUAAGCAACAGCGAAUGCAGCAAAUGCAACAGAUGCAACAAAUGCAAAAAAUGCCGAAUGAGAGUGAUGUGUCACGAUUGCUGCGUGAUAAUCCCAAUAUUUCAAUGCGGGAGCUGUUUCCGGGUGAAGAUGAGCUGGGUUUGCAGGUGUAUCUACCCUUUGGACAGGGUGGUCAUAGAACACCCGAAGGUUGGACCCGAACAGCAAGUAUCCUGCAGUAUGAUGAUGCAACAAAGGUACUCUGGGAGGAAUUGCAGAAGCCCUAUGGGAAUCAAUCGAGUUUCAUUCGGCAUUUGGUGCUGCUGGAGAAGUACUUUAGGAAUGGUGAUCUCAUACUCUCACCCACGGCGAGUAGUAGUGCUGUUACCUACUCCGAAUCAGUGCAGAAUCGUCUCAAGUCAUUUGAUAAUGUCACAUCGGAUAGUUUGAGUAUCUUUCAUCAGCUGAGCAAUGCUCCAAUCACAAUUACACCUGCCAAUCCAAAGGGGAGAGUACCGUCCACAGGGAGGUAUAGUGAUGGCACAAGUGGGGCAUCAACGAGCCUCCUCAAGUCCAACAAUGCCCGCCAUGAAGGGCAUGUUGACGCCUUCAAGGGUCAGGAGGGUGUUAGUAUUAUCAAAAAGUCCGCUGGUAGUGGAGUACCUCCGGAUUUAAUUAGUAUCACCACAACACCAGCUCACAAGUCCACGUCCGGAAGUAUUGAUACAAUCACCGUGACGGCAACUGGAAGUCAGAAGGGAACUUCACCACCAGCUAUUGAUGCCACCCCAUCGCCACCUCCGCCAAAUUCCGUUCAAAAUGUCGGAUCGAAGGAUAUUAUCAUCAAACUCCCGGAAACGCUGAGUCCUGCUGAACGGCGUCUGGUGAAUGGGAAGGCAUGGAGACCCACAUUGAUGCCAAUUGCUCCACUUGAGCGUGAUUCCGCCCGUGAUGGUGUCAAUACGCUGUACCAAACAGCCGAUGGGCGUCUCUUGCCGAGUCGUGUGCAAGUGAUGUCCGGCGGAAAACCCUACCACAUAUCAAUCUACGACUACAACCGUAUGUGCAUUCUACGCAGGGAGAAAAUCCUGCAGAAAGCCAUGGCGGCUCAAGGGAAAUCUCCACCUGAGAAUGGACAGAGGAAGUCACCACCGUCGACGCAAACCACGCAGCAACAGCAGCAGCAGCAAUUUGCGCCAACAGCUUCGACGUCAAAGGCAAAAGUACAGAUACCAAAUAAAAUUCUGGAGCAGAAUUCGGUGCUUCCAAUUAGUGGGAAGCCCGGAGCAGCAGGUGGAUCGUCAUCGGAGCUGCAGUCACUGAUAAAGGUGCGCAAGCCCAAUCCGACGUCUCUGCUCAAGAAUCAAAUUCCAAUUGCGCCAAAACCACCGACUCAGCAGCAACCUCCUAUAUCAGCUAUUGUGUCCAUGAGCACCAACACCAUGCCAAAUACCAACCCCAUGAUGUCAAUAAUUGAUCUGAUGAAGACCACCACGGCACCCACUGCCUCUGCCAAUAUGUGGCUCCUCAAUGAAUCCCUCAAUGGCCCCCAAGGGAAUGACAAUUCAGCCGUGUCGCUCCUGUCCAAAAUACCAAAAUCCCUUACGGUGAUUCCGCAGCAAAAGGGCCGCUCCGGCUCGAGGGUAUCCUCCGGUGAGGACCAAAGUAGUGCCUAACAGUGAAGUGCGUUUCAAUACAAAGCGGCCUCGAUCUUGCAUCUCAUUAACAAAAGAAUUAAACACGUGAGUUCAAUUUUAAAACGUCUAUAUACUUGCAGAGAUAUAAUAUUACAUAUACAUACAUAAUUAGGGUGUGUACAUAGUUCUGAAAUUAAUAACUCUAUACUAUAUAUUCGAUGAAGAAAACAGAGAAAUAAUUAAAAACUAUAUACAUAUAGAUAUAUUUUAGUAUGAGUAUUUAGGAAUGUAAUAAAAUGCCCCCCUUUAAUAUUUUACAAAAAAACAUGAAGAAAUUAUUGAGAUAAAAAUAUUAUACGAGUACCUUAAAAAUAAAUAAAAACAUAAUUUUAUGAAAAAAAAUCUUUGCGAUUUAAUAAUGUUGCGAGAUUUAUUUUUCUAUGCAAAAAAAAAAUUAUUAAAAAAUUAAUAUGUAGAGAAUAAAAACAAAUGAAGAGCAACUAAUCGAAGAAAACGACGAAAUAAGAAUGAAAUCAAGGUGUGAUGUUCAAUGAUUAUUUUUUUUGGAGGAUGUCUCAUAAAUUCAAAGCUCUUUUUACAAGAGAAAAUCAAAUUAUUUAGCGAAGAUUUUUACGUGAUUCAGUCAAAAUUCUUUAAUAUUGAUCGAAAGAAUUAAUCAGAUUAAGAAGAUUCAAAAGAUUUAAAGGAGUUUAUUCACUUUUAUUCAAGUAACAAAUCUUGAAAAGGGUUAAAAUAAUUCAGAAAAAAUCCUUAGAAAAAUCUUUUCAUUUGCCAGAGAUCAGCUGAGAAAAUUUAAAAGGAUUUACUUAAAAAACACAGAAACCACGCCCUUGGGUACUUUAAUUUUUCUUUUAGACUUGAAGCAUAUGCAUCAGUGCUUUGAUCGAUCUUUUUUUUAAGUUAGCAUAUUUCUGCCGGCUCAUAGAAAAACUUGACUGAUUGAAAUUAAACUUUUAUGAAUGACAGUGUUCUUGAUCAAAGAAAUGUUUUGGAAUCAACCAGAUAUUUUUAGCAUAAGGUAUAUUCAAGAUUGCUUAACUCUUGCAGGAUUUUGCUGGCCAAAGUGGCCAAUUAAAGUAUUUUUAAUCGCUAAAAAAUAAAAAUCUAUUUAACAUUUCGUGAUUAAUUCUACAUCUGUGUAUAGGGGUGUUUCAUUACUUCAAUAUCGUCGGAAGAAAUCUUGGAAAAAUAUUUUUUUUGAGAGAAAAUGAAGGUCAAACUUUUAAGGUUAGGAAUCCCGAUCCUUCAAGUGUUAAUAACAUAAAAAAAUUAUUUUCUCUUUAAAAAACUAUUUUGUAAAUCUUUGAUCAUUGAAGAUGAUUUUCACAAAUUAUCAUCAAAAUCGACCCAAAAGAUAAGUUAAAAUCCAUGAAAGUGUAAGGUCGCUUCAAAAAAAAAAAAAAGAUGGCCUCAUUUUCCAAAAUCUAAACUGUAUUCUGCGACUAAGAAAUCCUUGAAAUUGUUGCAAUUUGAAAGAUUUCUUGGUUACAAGAAACUAAUAAUUUCAAUGUCUUCUAAAAACUUUUCUUCUCAAUGAAAAUUGAUGAUUUUUUUCUGUAUAGAAUUUUUAACUGAGAAGAUGAUUAGCCAAGAAAAUUAAUUGAAAAAUAUAAAAAAUAUACUCUAAAAAAUUUUCCUUAGUGUAUGAUCCUUUGAAGCAAAGAUGCAUAUGUUUUAUGCUGCUAAAUAUAAAAAGAGCGUAUUUACCAUGUAUCUAGCUUAACUUCCACACAAAGUUUAAAUUAAUAAAACUCCCUGAAUUAUUUUUCAAGCCCAAAAAUAAGCAAGAACGUUUAAAAUUUGUAAAGAAAAAUAAAAUUCUUCGCACUUUUAACAUUGAAUUUGAGACAUCCUCCAUUAAUAUGUUUUGAGAAAAGAAAAAAUGGCCCAAAAAGAGAAUUUUAUCAUAUUGUAGAAUUUUUUGUUUUUUGGUUUUAGGGAAAUCAAAUCGAUAAAAGACAUGUCCAUAUUUUUUUAAUGGAUUUUUGCGUGAAUAAGGAAAAUAAAAUGUGAAGGAAAAUGCUAAGCAAUAAUUUAAAGUGCUGCUUGCAAAAAACGGCAAAGAAGGGCAAUUUGGGAGGGAAAAGAGAAUGAUAUCGAGAUGGAUUUUGAAGCAAUACAAAAUAUUUAAAAGAAAAAAAAAACAAAUAAUUAUUAAGAAAAUGCUUUCUCUACAUCAUUGAGGGAAUAUAUUAAGAGAAAGAAAGAAAUAUAUCUAUAUAUUUGAAAUGUAAGAGUAGUAAGAGAAUAUUUUUCUAUCACAAAUUUCACUUAAUGCUGUAAAUUAGUGAUGUGUGGAAGAUCACCCAACAAUAUAUUAUUGAAUUAAAAUAAAGAGAGAAAGAAAGAAAGAAAUGUAUAUAAUUACAAACAACAUACAUAUAUUUUGUAGUUUCGUAGAAUCAUAUACAUAUUGCGAAAAGGGCAAAGACACAGUAAAUCUUUGGAGAGAUAACAUUGAGGAACAAAAUGUAGAUUUAAAUGUGGCCUUUGAUCAUAAAACCUUACAACAACAAAAUAAACUAAAACAAAGGGAAAUUGCGCAAAGCAAAAGAGAAAAUUUAUGUCGCCACUAUUUUACGAACUUUUCACUAUUAUACAUAGAUAAUAUGCAACAAUAAUUUUUUGUGAAAAACAUCCUCCUACGUAUAGUCUUAAAUAUGUAUUUCAUUCAUUUUAAUGCUUCGUAGUAAGAUGAUGAUUAUUUUUAAAAGAAAAAAAAUAGAUUUAUUCCCUUGUCACGAACUUAAUUACGCACGCAACUAAAAUCAUUGAAAUGUUUCUUUUUUUUAUUAUUUUUUACGUCUUUUAGAUAAUUUUUAGUAAAGGAAAGGAGUUUUAUUUUUCAGUACACAAUUUGUCUUGUAUUGAAGAUUUUUUUUUAAUUUUUAAAAUUAUUUGUAGCAAUUCUAUCCAAAUCACUGUAAUCGAUCUAUAAUAUUUAAAGGUAUAAAAUAUAAUGUAUUUUUUGAGAAUAGUUUGAGAUCUAUGAAAUGUAAUGAAUUGACAAGUUGUUCCAUAUUCAAUAAAAAUAUAUAUAAAUAUACAUAUUUAAUAUAGGGAUAUUUAUAUACAAAAAUGUCCAAUUUUCGAAUUGAGCAUAAUAAAAAUUGAUCACCCAAAAAAA